UCCCCUCCCCUCCCCUCCCUCCCCUUCUCCUGCCCGUCCCCUCCCCUUCGGGCGCGCGCUCGCCCCGGCGGCGGCGGCUCCCGGCGAUGCGGUGAGAGGAGCGAGGCGAGCAGGGAGGGAGGGACGAGCAGCCGCGCUCGGUGAGGGGCCGCCGGCAGCCCCCCCCCCCCCCCCCCUUCCUUCCCCCCGCGCCAGGACUUGCAGUGAAUGGAGGAGGACACUUUUUACUAGAGGUUUAACUCGUCUAAAGAUACCAAGUGUUUGGGAUACACCGAGUGGAACGGGAUCACCAUGUUUCGAAACAGUCUCAAGAUGCUUCUCACAGGAGGGAAGUCGAACCGCAAAAACAGGUCCAGUGAUGGAGGGAACGAGGAGCCACCAGACCGAAGACAGGCAAGUGUAGACUCCCGUCAGAGCCGAGCUGGGCAAGGCACCUCCACAGAGAACGACUGUGCUUUUGAACCCGACUACGCAAUUCCUCCUCUCCCAGUGACCGAAGGUAUGCAGCACAUUCGGAUUAUGGAGGGCAUGUCCCGCUCCCUUCCAUCCUCCCCCUUACUCACACAUCAGUCUAUCAGUGUUCGGCUCCAACCUGUGAAGAAGUUAACUGCCCCUUUGAGGAAAGCAAAGUUUGUGGAGAGCCCUCGAAUCCCAGAGUCUGAGCUUGGCUCCCCAACCCUCUCUGCAGCCCAGAAGCUGGACGUUGAUGCUUUCUGCCCUGGUGACGCUGAGCAGGAGCUGGGACCCCCUCCAUCCGUAGAUGAGGCAGCAAACACACUCAUGACUCGCCUGGGCUUCCUCCUCGGAGAGAAAGUCACGGAGGUUCAGCCAGGGCCCCAGUACAGCAUGGAGGUGCAGGACGAGAACCAGAGCUCGGCGGUGACGCAGCGCAUCAGUCCCUGCUCCACCCUGACCAGCAGCACGGCCUCGCCGCCCGCCAGCAGCCCCUGCUCCACCCUCCCUCCCGUCAGCACCAGUGUCACGGCCAAGGACUGCACCUACGGAGCCGUCACCAGCCCCACCUCCACCCUGGAGAGCCGGGACAGCGGCAUCAUCGCCACUCUGACAAGUUACUCCGAAAAUGUGGAACGCACUAAAUAUGGAGGGGAAAGCAGUAAAGAGCUUGGAUCUGGAGGAAACCUGAAACCUUGGCAGUCCCAGAAAUCCAGCAUGGACUCCUGCCUGUACCGUGUGGACGAGAACAUGACGGCCUCCACCUACAGCCUCAACAAAAUCCCCGAGAGGAACCUGGAGACCGUCCUGUCCCAGUCGGUGCAGUCCAUCCCUCUUUACCUUAUGCCACGGCCAAACUCAGUAGCAGCCACCAGCUCGGCCCACCUGGAGGACCUGGCGUACCUGGACGAGCAGAGACACACCCCCCUGCGCACCUCGCUGCGGAUGCCGCGGCAGAGCGUGGCCGGCGCCCGGGCACAGCAGGACCUGAGAGUGCGGUUCGCGCCCUACAGGCCCCCCGACAUCUCCCUGAAGCCGCUGCUCUUCGAGGUGCCCAGCAUCACCACCGAGUCCGUGUUCGUGGGCCGCGACUGGGUGUUCCACGAGAUCGACGCGCAGCUCCAGAGCUCCAACGCCAGCGUCAACCGGGGCGUGGUGAUCGUCGGCAACAUCGGCUUCGGCAAGACCGCCAUCAUCUCCAGGCUGGUGGCGCUCAGCUGCCACGGCACCCGCAUGAGACAGAUCGCCUCGGACAGCCCCCACGCCUCCCCCAAGCAUGUGGAUGCCAACCGGGAACUGCCCCUGACCCAGCCACCUUCUGCUCACCCGUCCAUCACCAGCGGGAGCUGCCCGGGCACCCCUGAGAUGCGCCGGCGCCAGGAGGAGGCCAUGAGGAGAUUGGCCUCACAGGUCGUGGCCUAUCACUACUGCCAGGCCGACAACGCCUACACCUGCCUGGUGCCCGAGUUCGUGCACAACGUGGCCGCCCUGCUGUGCCGCUCCCCGCAGUUCGUGGCCUACCGGGAGCAGCUGCUGCGCGAGCCCCACCUGCAGAGCCUGCUCAGCCUGCGCUCCUGCGUCCAGGACCCCAUGGCCUCCUUCCGCAGGGGCGUCCUGGAGCCCCUGGAGAACCUGCACAAAGAGAGGAAGAUCCCAGAUGAAGAUUUCAUUAUACUAAUUGAUGGUUUAAACGAGGCUGAAUUUCACAAGCCAGAUUAUGGAGACACCAUAGUAUCAUUCCUGAGCAAAAUGAUUGGAAAAUUUCCUUCCUGGCUGAAGCUGAUAGUGACAGUCAGGACAAGUCUACAGGAAAUAAUUAAGCUGUUACCCUUCCACAGAAUAUUUUUGGAUAGACUGGAAGAGAACGAAGCCAUCGACCAGGACCUGCAGGCUUACAUCCUGCACCGGAUCCACAGCAGCUCGGAGAUCCAGAACAACAUCUCGCUCAACGGCAAAAUGGACAACACCACGUUCGGCAAACUCAGCUCUCACCUCAAGACCUUGAGCCAGGGGUCCUACCUGUACCUGAAACUCACUUUUGAUCUCAUAGAGAAAGGAUACCUGGUGCUAAAAAGCUCCAGCUACAAGGUGGUGCCCGUGUCCCUGUCCGAGGUGUACCUGCUGCAGUGCAAUAUGAAGUUCCCAACACAGUCUUCCUUUGACCGGGUCAUGCCCCUCUUGAAUGUGGCAGUGGCUUCUCUGCACCCAUUAACAGACGAACAUAUUUUUCAGGCCAUUAAUGCAGGUAACAUUGAGGGCACUUUGGAGUGGGAGGACUUUCAGCAGAGGAUGGAGAACCUUUCUAUGUUUCUUAUCAAACGUAGAGAUAUGACGCGAAUGUUUGUUCAUCCCUCUUUCCGAGAAUGGCUUAUUUGGAGAGAAGAAGGUGAAAAGACCAAGUUUCUUUGUGAUCCUAGGAGUGGCCACACCCUACUUGCCUUCUGGUUUUCCCGACAAGAAGGAAAAUUAAAUCGACAGCAAACUAUUGAACUGGGACAUCACAUCCUCAAAGCACAUAUUUUUAAGGGGCUGAGUAAAAAAGUUGGGGUGUCUUCCUCCAUCCUCCAAGGGCUUUGGAUCUCCUACAGUACUGAAGGUCUUUCCAUGGCUUUGGCAUCUCUGAGAAAUCUCUACACCCCGAACAUAAAGGUCAGUCGGCUGCUGAUUUUGGGAGGUGCAAACGUGAAUUACAGGACAGAAGUCCUGAACAACGCCCCCAUCCUGUGUGUCCAGUCCCACCUGGGCUACGCCGAGAUGGUGGCUUUGCUCCUGGAGUUUGGGGCCAACGUCGACGCUGCCUCAGAGAGCGGCCUGACCCCCCUUGGCUACGCGGCUGCUGCCGGAUUCCUGAGCAUUGUGGUGCUGCUGUGCAAGAAAAGGGCCAAGGUGGAUCAUCUGGACAAGAACGGUCAGUGUGCCCUGGUCCACGCCGCCCUCAGAGGACACUUGGAGGUGGUGAAGUUCUUGAUCCAGUGUGACUGGAGCAUGGCUGGGCAGCAGCAGGGGGUGUUCAAGAAGAGCCACGCCAUCCAGCAGGCCCUGAUUGCCGCUGCCAGCAUGGGCUACACCGAGAUCGUCUCCUACCUGCUCGAUCUGCCAGAGAAAGACGAAGAGGAGGUGGAGAGAGCACAGAUCAACAGCUUUGACAGCCUCUGGGGAGAGACAGCUCUGACGGCGGCGGCGGGGCGCGGGAAGCUGGAGGUGUGCCGGCUGCUCCUGGAGCAGGGCGCGGCCGUGGCACAGCCCAACCGCCGCGGGGUCGUCCCGCUCUUCAGCGCCGUCAGGCAGGGCCACUGGCAGAUCGUGGAUCUCCUGCUCACGCACGGCGCCGACGUGAACAUGGCAGACAAGCAGGGCAGGACACCGCUGAUGAUGGCAGCGUCCGAGGGGCACCUGGGCACCGUGGAGUUCCUGCUUGCACAAGGUGCCUCCAUCUCUCUGAUGGACAAGGAGGGAUUGACAGCCCUGAGCUGGGCCUGUCUGAAGGGCCACCUGCCCGUGGUGCGUUCCCUGGUGGAGAACGGAGCUGCCACCGACCACGCGGACAAGAACGGGCGCACGCCGCUGGACCUGGCGGCGUUCUACGGCGACGCAGAGGUGGUUCAGUUCCUGGUGGACCAUGGGGCCAUGAUCGAGCACGUCGACUACAGCGGGAUGCGGCCCCUCGACAGGGCCGUCGGCUGCCGCAACACCUCGGUCGUCGUCACCCUCCUGAAGAAAGGAGCAAAGAUAGGUUGUCAGACGUUACCGAGUCGCCCACGAGGUCCAGCAACAUGGGCGAUGGCAACCUCCAAACCUGACAUCAUGAUCAUCCUGUUGAGCAAGCUGAUGGAGGAGGGAGACAUGUUUUAUAAGAAAGGUAAAGUGAAAGAGGCUGCCCAGCGCUACCAGUACGCCCUGAAAAAGUUCCCCAGGGAAGGGUUUGGAGAAGACCUGAAAACCUUCCGUGAACUGAAGGUGUCACUGCUCCUCAACCUCUCCCGGUGUCGAAGGAAAAUGAACGAUUUUGGGAUGGCGGAGGAGUUUGCCACUAAAGCUCUGGAGCUGAAACCGAAGUCUUACGAAGCUUACUAUGCAAGAGCAAGGGCCAAACGCAGCAGCAGGCAGUUUUCAGCAGCCCUGGAGGACCUGAACGAGGCCAUCAAGCUGUGUCCCAACAACCGCGAGAUCCAGCGGCUGCUGCUGCGGGUGGAGGAGGAGUGCAGGCAGGUGCAGCAGCAGCAGCAGCAGCCGCCGCCGCUCCCGGCAGAGCCGGAACCCGAAGCCCAGCACGAAGAGCUGUACUCUGUGCAGGAUAUCUUCGAGGAGGAGUACCUCGAGCAGGACGUAGAAAAUGUUUCCAUUGGCCUGCAGACAGAGUCCAGGCCAAACCAAGGGCUGCCCAUCAUCCAGAGCCCACCCCCGUCCCCCGCUCACAGGGACUCGGCCUAUAUCUCCGGCUCACCUCUUGGCUCUCAUCAGGUCUUUGAUUUCAGGUCCAACAGCUCCGUGGGGUCUCCAACCAGGCAGGGCUACCAGUCCACGUCUCCCGCUCUGUCUCCGACGCACCAAAACUCACAUUACAGGCCCAGUCCUCCACACACGUCCCCGGCUCACCAGGGCUCCACGUACCGCUUCAGCCCCCCUCCCGUCGGAAGCCAAGGGAAGGAAUAUCAGAGCCCGCCGCCGUCUCCUCUUCGCAGAGGCCCCCAGUACCGCGCCAGCCCCCCUGCAGAGAGCAUGAGCGUCUACAGGUCACAGUCGGGCUCCCCGGUGCGUUACCAGCAGGAGCCCAGCGGGGUCACCCAGCUCCCCGGCAGACCCAAGUCUCCGCUCUCCAAGAUGACACAGAGAUCCUUCCAGAUGCCCCAGCUCCCCGUGGCUGUGCCCCAGCAGGGGCUGAGGCUGCAGCCAGCCAAGGCACAGAUAGUGAGGAGCAACCAGCCCAGCUCCGCCGUCCACUCCAGCACUGUCAUCCCAACCGGGGCAUACAGCCAGGUUGCCCACUCGAUGGCCAGCAAGUACCAGUCGUCGUCGGGGGACAUGGGGGUCAACCAGAGCAGGCUGGUCUACCAGGGCUCCAUCGGGGGCAUCGUGGGCGACAGCAGGCCCGUGCAGCACGUGCAGGCGAGCCUCAGUGCCGGGGCCAUCUGUCAGCACGGAGGGCUGGCCAAGGAAGACCUUCCCCAGAGACCGUCCUCGGCGUACAGAGGGGGGAUGAGGUACAGCCAGACACCUCAGAUCGGGCGGAGCCAGUCCGCUUCCUACUAUCCCGUAUGUCACUCCAAGCUCGACCUGGAGCGUUCUCCCCUCCCCGCCAACCAGCUGGGCUCUCCGGAUGUGUCUCAUCUCAUAAGAAGGCCCAUCUCAGUUAAUCCCAGCGAAAUCAAGCCUCACCCGCCGACUCCCAGGCCGCUGCUGCACUCUCAGAGCGUGGGCCUGCGCUUCUCCCCUUCCAGCAAUAGCAUCUCCUCCACCUCCAACCUGACUCCCAACUUCCGCCCUUCUGCCUCGAUUCAGCAAAUGGAGAUUCCCCUCAAGCCGGCCUACGACAGAUCGUGCGACGAGCUCUCUCCGGUGUCCCCCACGCAGGGGGGUUAUCCCAGCGAGCCGGCCCGCUCCCGGACCACGCCCUUCAUGGGAAUCAUAGAUAAAACCGCUCGGACUCAGCAGUACCCCCACCUCCAUCAGCAGAACCGGACCUGGGCCGUGUCGUCAGUGGACACUGUCAUUAGUCCCACGUCUCCUGGCAAUCUGCCCCAGCCGGAAUCCUUUAGCCCGCCCUCUUCAAUCAGCAACAUUGCCUUUUAUAACAAAACCAACAAUGCACAGAAUGGCCAUUUGCUAGAGGAAGACUAUUACAGCCCCCAUGGGAUGCUGGCCAAUGGGUCCCGGGGAGACCUCCUGGAGAGAGUCACCCAAGCCUCCUCGUACCCCGACGUCAAGGUGGCAAGGACGCUGCCCGUGGCGCAGGCCUACCAGGAUAACCUGUACAGGCAGCUCUCCAGGGACUCCAGGCAAGGGCAGACGUCCCCAAUCAAACCAAAGAGACCAUUUGUGGAGUCUAAUGUGUAAAAGACGCUUGUUGGAGUAAGACCCUCAUGUUUUCAGCACACACUUCCAAGCUUGAUUUCCAUGCAUAUUAUUAUUAUUAUUAUUAAUUAUUAUUAUUAUUAUUAUUAUUAUUAUUUUUAUUUCCCUCUGGUAGCUACAUGACCAAGUUUCUCCGGUACUUUGUGUGGUGGUCAGACAGCCAUGCACGUGCUCCAGCCCUUUCGUUCCCCAGCUGACUGUGAAGCCAACAUCAGCCGAGCCAGUAUCGUUUGCCCAAUUCCAGCAAAGUUCCAACCAGGAUAUCUUAGUCCGUGGUGCGGGGUGGCCCAGAGAUAUCCCUACGCAGCGGGAGGUAACCAGCUCUUUUUCUAGAGACAAUUGCCUUCGAUUUAAAUUGGUUUCUUUUGUCUCGAUGAGCUCUUACUCAAUUCUGAUGGGAAUUCCUAGGGAUCACAGGAGCCUUCCCAAGGCUUGAUCUGCGGGUCCCCGUGCCAGCCAGGUCAUUUGGCUCUUUGCCCCAAAGAGCAAAUUACCCUCAGCGGGCGAGGCCUGAGGGUGAUGUGAUGUAACACCAGUAGCUAUGCACAACACCCAUCCUGAUUCCUCUGGUUUCCAGCAUUUUAAUCCCAGUUGGAUUCCUUCCUUCUUGAACCGUGUCGUCGGUGGUGGGGUGGGGAUCACUUUGCUGCUUUCCAAGUACCUGCCAGGUGCCCCUACACUGAUUUCGUUGCUCUGGGACGUUUUACAAGCAUUGAGGGCUUAAGGUUGGCCCUUUCUUUACGUGUUUUAAUCAGCCAAGGGAAUUGGCCAGGAACCUGUUUUGUGUGAACCGGGAUUGCACCAACUUCCUCACACCACUGGCAAACUGCACCUCACAUGCAGCAUUUGCACCGGGGAGGGUCAGUGCUGGGGCCUUCAUUUGUGGGGGGGGAAUUUAUCACUUGAGAGGAAAAACAAAAAUCUGACUU